UGAAAACACACAUCUGGGCGCAGUAAGAGUGAGCGAGUGAGGAACACAGCUCAGUGGUGGCCUCGAUUCUUCUCAGCUCUGAGUUUGUUAAUUUGGGAACUAAGGAAGUUCCCAAUUCCAACAAUUGACAAGGGUUUCAGAACUUUCAAUGUCUUUCACGCUGUCAAUUCGACCUUGAAAUUGGUUUUGGCUGCUGUUUGAUCUUUGUAUUUAUGUCUAAGAAGGGAGAUCACAGCUUUGGAUUUCAAAAACCAUGUCAAACCAGAACCAGGAAGAUGGUUUUAGUUUUGGGAUUUAUGGCCUCCAUGGUCUUCGUUUUUCAGAUUUUCCAACUGUCUUCUGGAGGUGCUUUGUCUCAUCUUUUCCCAACUGCUCAGUUUCCUGAUCAGGAAGUAAGUGCCUUGCAGCAUGACGCCGGUUCUUCAUCGAUGAGGGUUGGGAAGUUUUCCCUUUUAAGUGAGUUGCAGAAAUCAGUAAACCAGUCGAUAAUUCUCAAGGAUCCCGGAAAGUUGGAACCUUUUGAUUUGGAAGGCAAAGUUGAUGAACAUGUUAAGGAAACUGGUGAACAAUUAGAGGAAGAAGAUGAUGAUGAUACCAAUGUAGAUGAGACUGAUGAGUUCUUAUUAGACAUUAGAGAUGAUGACACUGUGUUAAAGAAGAUUGGAGAUUCAGUUGAUGGUUUCAUUACAUUGGAAAAAGUUGUUGAAAAGGAGAAAGGUCUUGCGAAGAAGAAUGUUUCUGAGUUCACCGAUGGUGUAUCUGAUGGUAUUGACAAGUUUAAACCAAUGGAGCAAAACACCUUGGAUGAAAAAUCUACAUAUCAGGGGCAUGCAAUAAGUGUUCAAAUGGAUGAUGCCUCUGGUGAGAAAUCAAGUGUUCCAAGCAUAAAUGUAGCAUCCAACAGUGGUAGCGAAGGACAACAACAAACAAAAGUUUUGUCAUUAGAGAAGGGAUUCAUGAAAAUCAUACCCAUGGAUCGAACUUCAGUUGGUGCUAGAACUCCAUCACCCAAGAAAAGGAUGAAGAAGAAGAAGAAGCGGAACUUGUCUCCAGCAUACACCUCAAUAAAACCUCAAUGGUCAGCGGCACAUGACCGGCAAUUAUUAGCUAUAAGGGCGCAGAUAGAGAAUGCUUCUCUUAUUACGAAUGAUGGAGAACUUUAUGCACCAGCUUUUCGGAACAUUUCUAUGUUUAAAAGAAGCUAUGAGCUAAUGCAGCGGAAUCUCAAAGUCUAUGUUUACAAGGAAGGAGAAAAACCGAUAUUCCACCAGCCUCUACUUAAGGGAAUCUAUGCAUCAGAAGGAUGGUUUAUGAAACUGUUGGAAGGAAGCAAACACUUUGUUGUGAGAGAUCCUAGAAAAGCCCACUUGUUUUACAUCCCUUUUAGUUCUCGGUUGCUGCAGUUUGCUCUUUACACACCGAAUUCACACAAUCGGCGAGCACUGAAGGAGUUCUUGCAAAAUUAUGUCAACACAAUUGCAGCAAAGUAUCCUUUUUGGAAUAGAACUGGUGGAGCAGACCAUUUUCUUGUUGCUUGCCAUGACUGGGCAUCAUACGAAACAAGACACACCACGGGCCUAGCAAUUCGAGCACUUUGCAAUGCUGAUACACACGAUAGCUUCAUUUUGGGCAAAGACGUGUCACUUCCUGAAACUUACGUCCGAUCUGCAGCAAAUCCUCUCAGAGAUCUUGGUGGAAUGCCGGCAAACAAAAGGCCAACUCUUGCGUUCUUUGCCGGAAACUUGCAUGGCAGACUCCGACCAAUCUUAUUACAACAUUGGGAGAACAAGGACCCUGACAUGAAAAUCACUGGCCCAAUGCCCGGCGGAGUCCAGAGCAAGAUGGAUUACAUUGAGCACAUGAAGAGCAGCAAGUACUGCAUAUGUCCAAGAGGACAUGAAGUUAAUAGCCCGCGGAUUGUGGAGUCCAUCUUCUAUGAGUGUGUGCCUGUUAUUAUAUCUGACAACUAUGUGCCGCCUUUUUUUGAAGUAUUGAAUUGGGAGGUGUUUUCUGUGAUUGUUGCGGAGAAGGAUGUGCCUGGCUUAAAGGAGAUACUGGUAUCGAUUAGUGAAGAGAAGUACCUCGAAUUGCAGCUGGGGGUGAGGAAGGUGCAACGACACUUUCUUUGGCACAGCUCGCCUGUGAAGUAUGAUCUGUUUCAUAUGACUCUUCACUGUAUUUGGUACAAUAGAUUGUAUCAAAUAAGAACUUGAUGAACAUGUAUGGCUUGAGAGAAUUUGGAAGACGCAAGUGUUCAUGAAUGGAAAAUAUUAAAUGCUGUUACUACU